AUGCCAAGAUCAUAUGAGGAUGAGUUGAAAUUCUUGGAGAAAUUGUCCCCAUGUUCCUGGCUAAUUAAAAAGGGCUUUGUUCCAAACAUGAGGGUGGAAGGGGUGUUCUAUGUAAACGAUUUUCUGGGUCAUCUUAUGUUUGACGAAUUGCGGCAGUUUACACAAAGUGGUGAUUACGGCGGCUUCCUCCCCGGAAUGAAACAAAUUGCAAAUGUCGCUGCGUUACCGGGAAUAGUCCAUCGCUCUAUUGGUCUUCCUGAUGUGCAUUCGGGCUACGGAUUCGCCAUAGGCAAUAUGGCAGCAUUCGAUAUGGCUGACCCAGAGGCCGUGGUGUCUCCAGGUGGAGUUGGCUUUGACAUCAAUUGCGGCGUGAGACUUAUUCGAACCAACCUCACACUGAAGGAUGUUCUACCCGUGAAGGAACAACUGACACAGGCUCUCUUCGACCACAUUCCUGUUGGUGUCGGUUCGAAAGGUAUCAUUCCCAUGAACGCUACGAAUCUCGACGAAGCUCUUGAAAUGGGAAUGGACUGGUCCCUUCGACAAGGAUACGUUUGGGCAGAUGAUAAGGAGCACUGCGAGGAGUACGGUCGAAUGCUCCAGGCCGAUCCUAGUAAAGUGUCUGCACGUGCUAAAAAACGCGGUCUUCCCCAAUUGGGCACACUGGGAGCUGGCAAUCACUACGCCGAAAUUCAAGUGGUCGAAGAAAUAUUUGAUCGCCACGCUGCCUCCAAAAUGGGUAUCGACCAGCUCAACCAGGUCGUUCUCAUGAUUCACUGCGGCAGUCGAGGCAUGGGCCACCAGGUGGCAACGGAUGCACUGCUGGAGAUGGAACGAGCGAUGAAGCGGGACAAGAUAGAGGUUAAUGACCGACAGCUGGCAUGUGCAAGGAUCAACUCACCCGAGGGCCAGGACUACCUUGCUGCUAUGGCAGCGGCUGCCAACUACGCUUGGGUCAAUCGCUCCUCUAUGACCUUUCUCAGUCGUCAGGCUUUUGCAAAAAUCUUCAACUCCACUCCGGACGAUUUGGAUAUGCAUGUGAUCUACGAUGUAUCUCACAACAUAGCCAAGGUAGAGGAGCACUGGGUCAAUGGAAAACCGACGCAACUUCUGGUUCAUCGCAAAGGCUCAACGCGGGCAUUUCCUCCCCACCACCCUCUAAUUCCUGUCGACUAUCAGCUCAUUGGGCAGCCAGUUCUGAUUGGCGGUACUAUGGGAACUUGCAGCUAUGUUCUCACCGGAACGGACAAGGCCAUGACCGAAACUUUUGGCUCGACCUGUCACGGAGCUGGUCGUGCGCUAUCCAGAGCAAAGUCAAGAAGGACUCUUGAAUACUCUGAUGUGCUGGAGAACCUUGCACAAAAGGGCAUCUCCAUACGCGUUGCCUCGCCAAAGCUGGUUAUGGAAGAAGCUCCCGAGUCAUACAAAAACGUCACUGAUGUUGUAAAUACUUACUACAAUUUGAGCAUCUAUGAUCUUGUGCUCAAUAUGCGGUUCCUGGUACUUGCUCUAGUGUCAGGAACUGGCGUUCAACCUUGGGAUAACUUUUUGCUGGAUGUUUGCCUUCUAUCGCUUCUGGUUCUUGCUAAAAUUUUGUCCACUUUGCUACUCAGCUUUAUGGCAAUAGAUCCCUUGAGCGACCAGGACCAGGAGGUGCUAGGACAAACUCCAGAGGAUAUUGACUCAACUCUGGGCUACCGCGACGAGUUGCUCACAGGUGACUGCGACGCUAGUAGCAAUAAAGGUGGCCUCAACUUUGCUCCUCCCACGAUGGACGGGGCUACACUUCUAUUCAGCCGCUAUGGUCUUCGAGACACACCGUUGCUUCGGGUAAUCGACGUCAUCUGGGUUCAGGACUCAGAUGAAAGUGAUCUGGCCAAUCUUAGCCGGGGUCUCAGGCGACUGCCUAUAAUUGCGGGAUCCUUGGCGGGAACAACUGCUGCCUGUAUGUGCGCGCCGGGAAUUUUCAAUGAAUUUAAGAAUAACAACCAACUUACUCUCUGGAGAACACGCGAGAUGGCCAAAGUGGGUUUGCUUUGCAUGGAACGAAGCAUGAUGUACGGAUGUCUCCAUAUUACUUGCGACAGUUUCAAACACUGCACUUCUUACAACGAUCCAUGA